GUCCCUUUCGUGCUCCUGCGAGACAUCGUUCUUGCAGCAGCUACGGGGCGCAGCGACAUGACGCUCGCCGCCACCCUGGCGCCCACUCUGGAAAGCCUGCUGGCAAGCUUGGUGGCACCUGGGAGUGUGCUCGGAAGGCUGAUGUCCUCCCCGCAACGUGCAAGUAUCGACAUCGUGGAGGCCUACAAGCUCGACACACUGGGGAGCAUCAUGGAGUCGACCGAUCCACGCUUCACCAAGUACAGCAUCUUCCACAAAGCCACCGGCACUGUGAUUGCGGAGUUGUGCAAGACCGUCGGAAUCGAGGACGACUUCCGGAACCUGUUGAGCGAGAAGCUGCAUGCCAUCAAAGCCCUCUGCAACCGAUUGGAGAAGAAGCACUGGGGCAAAGAUGCCUGGCGUCCGCUCUGUUGCAUGGCUCAUGGGAACCUGACCACCAGGAGCGUGAUU